AUGUCCGACCUCGCCAAGUCCUUCGCAAAGACUAAGCUCUCCUCCCUCCCACCGCCAGAACCAUUGAUCGAGGAGGAAGAUGAUUCGAGCUCAGCGAGUUCCAUGUCAAGCACAGGUACCGUGAUACCUUCGAAUGCGCAACGGCCAGCGCCCACCAUACAUUGGUCAGACUACUACGCCCAAGAAUUCUACCUCGAAAGAGAGGAACCUCACUCCAAGUUCCAUGUGUACCUCACUCCACCCGCGUCACUGCAAGCACCAUUGCUAGUGCUGCACCAUGGCGCAGGGAGCUCUGCAAUGAGCUUUGCUCUUGCGGUGAAAGAAAUCAGGAAAGCAAUGCCGGCCAUUGGUAUACUAGCCCUAGAAGCAAGAGAACACGGCAGUGUCGUCUGGGACGAAAAUGGUGCUGUGGACAACAAUCUGAGCAUCGACCUGCUGAGUCGUGACAUGGCGGACAUGAUGUUCCUCACGCAGCGGAAGAUGGGUUGGAAAGAACUGCCCUCAGUCGUGCUCAUUGGACACAGCCUCGGCGGUGCAGUGGUGACACACGUCGCAAACAUGAACCUGCUGGGUAACAAGGUGCUGGGGUUCGCGGUGCUGGAUGUGGUCGAGGGGAGUGCUAUGGAGGCCCUCAAGCAUAUGCAGGCGUACCUGAGAACCCGACCCAAGCUGUUCGACAACCUCGACGCCGCCAUCGACUGGCACAUUCGAUCACGCACGCUUCGGAACCCAGAGUCGGCAAGAGCUAGUGUACCUAGUCUCUUUGUGCAAACAUCGACUGGGGGACGUUGGGUGUGGAAGACGGACCUCUCCAGGACCGAGUCGUACUGGGAGAACUGGUUCACAGGGAUGAGCGCAAAGUUUCUCAACGGUAAAGGGGCCAAGCUGUUGUUACUUGCUGGAACAGACCGCCUAGAUAAAGAGCUGAUGAUCGGACAAAUGCAGGGCAAAUUUCAACUGUCAGUCCUCCCUGCCGCGGGUCACUUCCUCCAAGAGGACCAACCUGAGAAGACUGCUGAGGUCAUCGUCGAGUUCGUCAAGCGCAACGACCGCAGCACGUUGGUGCUUCCUCCCAAGGUUUCAGAUCUCCUUGCGCAAGGCAAGAAGGUUUAG